CUCGGUCCUUCUCCCAUGAGAAGCCGAGAUACAGCUACGUGGAUAACAUCCGGCGGAGAAGAGCCUCGUAGCUCCUGGGCCAGCCCAAGGUUGAAAAGGCAAGACCCGGACCCCAUCCCGAGUUGACUUGAUAAGUUCUUUGUGAAGACAGCUGAUCGUCUUCAUCUGCAAAACUGGUAUCAACGGGAGGAUGCACCACUCCAGGAUGUCAAAAUGCAGAAACAAUCACAUAAACAUAAGUCUUCGAGGCGGGAUAGACCACCGCGAUCAGCAAACGACACAACAGAAACUGCUUGGUCCCUUUCCCAAUGGCAUCCGGAGCACAAUCAGUUUUACAGGUCGAGAUACAAGGGAAGUGGCGAAGUAGAAUACGAGUGGCUCGGUUCUGAGCUUCCGCCCACCACUGAGUCUGCCCCUCGGACAAAUAUCAAUGUUGAUAGUCUUGCCCAGGGCAUGACGAACUUGGAUGUGAAUCAAAACGUUGGGUACGGCCAAGAUCCAUCCGGCGGUUACGCGGACCCUCACACAGCCGCAGAAGUUUCCGCAGAUCUUGGGCUUUCAACUUCGCCCAGGUAUACACAUUCCAUUCCGCAGGACCACCACACAAAACCCCAUGCUCGGAAGGGCAAUGGGAAGGAGUUUGCUUACGAAGGAACGACCGUUCCAUCUCGGAAGGGAAAAGAGGUAGCUAACGAAGAACCAAUUGCUGCGUCUCGGAAGGGGAAAGGAAGAAGCAGCCACUACGACGACCAAGCUGGGUUGCAACCUGCAUUCUCUGCAGCUGGCCAUACUUCGCAAUGUAAACCCAAAUUGAGCUUCAACACCUGCUUUUGCGAUUGGACAUAGCUGACUGACUUCUGAAGCACAAUACUCGGGCUACCAAGUGGAGGAGGACACCGACGCAAAUUACGAGAGAGAAAUAGAGAGGGCUCAACGUGAAAGUCUAAGAACUGUUGACUCCUAUGGACAUGAGGGAUCUUCCUCUUACGCCAAACCAUCCACUUAUGGUGCACUGUCAUCUUAUUCCUCGUCG